CUCCGUCCGUCUGUUCAGCCUCUGUAUGUGUAAAAUUGUGCUUCUUGCUGUCGCCGCUCAGAUCCUAAACUCCCAAGCGUCCCAUCCUGUGCGAUGCAGGUCUGAGGAGCCUCGGGAUCCGCGCAGCGCCGGAAGGGUUAAAGAUGAUCGUGGGGUUGACUCGGAGGAGGAGGAAGAAGAAGAAGCGCGGGGGCCCGCUCGCCUGCUCAUGCAGCGGCCCCGCCGUCCCGCCGCCGCCGCCGCCGAUCGAGUCCCGAAGAGCUGCAUGGACGGGCAUGGGGAGAGCGGCCCCUUCCUGCGCCGCCAGCGCCGCCGCCAGGGCUGAGGAGCCGCAGGAGCCGAGGCGCCGCGCCCGCCGCCGCUGCUGUUGCUGCUGCUGCUGUGGUGGUUGUUCGCCGCCCGUGUCGGCCCUCGUUCUCCUCUUCAGCCUCGGGCUGCUCCUACACACAGGUGAUUGUCAGCUGCAAACUCCAUGCCGCAUCCAGAAGUGUACUACGGACUUUGUAUCACUAACUUCUCAUCUCAGCCCUGCCAUUGAUGGCUUUGAUUUGGAGUUCUGCAAAGCCCUGCGUGCCUACUCUGCCUGCACCACCCGCAAUUCCAAAGCUUGCCGUGGAAAUCUGGUGUACCAUUCUGCUGUUUUGGGCAUCAGUGAUCUCAUGAGCCAGAGGAACUGCUCCAAGGAUGGCCCAACAUCCUCAACAAACCCUGAAGUGACCCACGACCCAUGUAAUUACAGUGGGCUACAGGGAGCCAGAGAGCAGCGUGGAGGAGAACAGAUACCUCCUACUUACCUUUUCUGUGGCUUGUUUGGAGACCCCCACCUACGGACCUUUAAGGAUCACUUUCAGACAUGCAAAGUGGAGGGGGCCUGGCCUCUCAUAGACAACAACUACUUGUCAGUGCAAGUGACAAAUGUGCCUGUGGUCGCAGGAUCCAGUGCUACUGCAACGAAUAAGAUAACCAUUAUCUUUAAAUCUUACCAAGACUGUACAGAUCAGAAGGUGUAUCAGGCAGUGACUGAUGACUUGCCAGCCGCUUUUGUUGACGGCACGACGAGCGGUGGAGAUGGCGACACCAAAAGCCUCCGUAUUGUGGAGAGAGUGAGUGGCAAAUAUGUGGAAAUGCACGCCCGCUACAUUGGGACCACUGUGUUCGUGCGCCAGCUUGGCCGUUACUUAACGCUAGCCAUCCGCAUGCCAGAGGAGCUAGCCAUGAUUUACGAAGAGAGCCAGGAUCUACAGCUGUGCGUGAAUGGAUGCCCCUCAAGUGAACGGAUUGAUGACAGUGGGCAUCUGCCUUUGCCAGUGUCGGGGCAGCUCCUUCCCCCUGGUGCUUCAGGUCAGACCAAGUCGGUCUACACACUGGAGAGUGCUACUACCAAAUGCCACGAGAAUAUGCUGUUGAAGGACAUCUAUUUUUACUCUUGUGUGUUUGAUUUGCUCACCACUGGAGAUGCCAAUUUCACUGCCGCUGCCCAUAGUGCCUUGCAGGAUGUUGAGGCACUGCACCCUAGGAAGGAGCGAUGGCACAUCUUCCCCAACGGGGGGAGUGUUGCCUUGGAGAAUGAGUUGUGUCUUACUCUUGGACUUGUAUGCUUGAUGGUUGUUGUGUUUUUGUAGGGUAUUGGGGUGGGAUUUGAGAACAAAGGUUUUAAAAUAUAUAUUGUCAUAAUAUAUUGAGUAAAGAGUAUAUAUGUAUAUACCAUGUAUAUGAAGGGUUUUUUGUUUGUUUUUUUUUGUUUUUGAUUCUGGGACACCCAGCAGAUUGUACAUAUGUAUUAACUCUUUUUUUUCAUGUAAGUUGUGGAUGUAAUAUUCCUUUUUGAUUGUAAUAAUUCUUUGCUUUGCAGUUGGUGAAAUGUUUUAUAAUGUCCUUUCAUCAGGACCCAAUAGAAAGCACUUUAUUUUUUAUAUAUUAAAUAUUUAUGUGUACCAA